AAAAUGAGAAAGAAAGUCUCAUCCAUUUAGGAUUAUUAAGAAUGCAAAUAAUAACAUCUUUUAAAUUACCUCAGCACUUUGGAGGAGAAGGAACAAGAAAAAUUAAUAGAAAAAUUGGAAUCGAUUAACAUUAGAAAUCUAAUUGAUGUAAAUUAAUAUUGCUAAUAUAGGUCUAUAGUCAUUAUAAAGUAGAGCCUAAUUCAAAUCGUUAAUUGAAUCCUAUCUAAAAUGUUUUGAGAGUAGCCUCUACUCCCAAAGAAACCUUAUCACAGUAUUAAAAAUUAGGAGAAAAAUUAAUUUCAGAAGGAAAGGGUAUUCUUACAAUUUAAUAAUUAUUUAAGUUUGUGUGGCUAUGAUGGCAGGAGGAUAAGGAACUAGAUUAGGUUUUAAUAAGGCUAAAGGAAUGUAUGAUAUUGGAUUACCAUCUCAUAAAACUUUAUUUCAAAUAUUUUGUGAACGUAUUUUGAGUUUGCAGAAUAUGAUUCAAUAAAAAAUUGGAUAAUGUUUACCCAUUUAAUUUUUUGUAAUGACUUCUGAUGUAAAUCAUGAAGAAACAACACAGUUUUUUAUUGAGAAUAACUACUUCAAUCUUUAAUCAGAUUAAAUUACAUUUUUUUAAUAGGAUUCUCUUCCUAUUUUAUCAAUAGAUGGAUAAAUCAUGUUAAGUGAUAGUACAUCAAUUUUAGAAGGACCUGAUGGUAGAAUAUUGUUAUUAUUCUUAAAAAGGAAAUGGAGGAAUUUUUAGUAGUCUUUACAACCAAGGUUAUUUGGAUUAUAUGAAAUAUUUGGGAAUUAAAUAUAUUCAUAUAUGCCCAGUUGACAAUGUACUUUGUAAAUUAUGUGAUCCAAUUUGGAUUGGAUAUGUUGAAGCUAAAAAUUUAACAAUUUGUAGUAAAUUUGUAAAGAAAGCACAUGCUGAGGAAAAGGUAGGAAUUCAUGCUUUAAUAAAUGAUAAACCUUGUGUAAUAGGUUAAUAUAUAAAUUUAGAUUAGAAUAUAGUGAAAUGACAUAGGAAGAUUUACAUAAGAAAAAUAUUUAAGGAGAUUUAUUAUAUGAUGCAGGUGGUAUAGCUUAAAUGAUUUGUACAGUUGAAUUUGCUCAUAAAAUAAUUGAAGAUCCUUAGACAAGUAAUUAAUUAGCUGCUAAGUAUUUCAUAUAAUUUAAUAUAGUUAUCAUGUAGCAUAAAAAAAGUAUGAUUAUUAUGAUCUAAUUUAGAGAUAGGUAUUUAAGCCAUAAUAAAUAAAUGCUUUAAAAUUUGAAUUAUUUUUUUUUGAUUGUUUUCCUCUUUGCCCAAAAGAAUAAUUUGGGUUGAUUGAAGUUAAAAGGGAAGAUGAAUUUGGUCCUGUAAAAAAUGCUCCUGGAGAAAAGAGUGAUACACCAGAAACUGCUAAAAGGUUAUAUUUGGAUAGAGAUUAAAAAUGGAUUCAGAAUUAUGGUUUUUUAUUCCCUUAAUAAGUUGAAAUAUCUGCCAAGAUCACAUAUUUUGGUGAAGGCCUUGAGAAUAUAUUAUUGAAAUAUUUGGGUAAUAAAUAAAAUCCACUUAUAAUAACAAAUGAUAUAUAAUCACUUCAAAAAUCUCCACAAUUAGUUAAUUAACCUUCACCAAAAUAAUAAUCAUUAUAACAACCCUUAUAAUAAUAAUAGUCAAAAUAAACAUAGAAAUAAUAAUAAAAAUCAGGGAUUGCUAAUUAAUAAAUAUAUCCCUAAGUAGUUUAUUCAUCAUUAAUAAAUUCAACGCAUCCUUCGAUAUUGUAACCAAAUUAUUACCCUUAUCAAUCAACACCUUAAAACUCUAAAAAUAUUUUAGUCUAAGAGAAUCCAAUUCAUUAGAGUUAAGUAUUUAAUCCUAGAUUAUCAAUAUAACAUUAAACAAUGUCAUAAUAAUAAUAAUAAUAAUAACUAAAAUAAAUUAAAACAAAUGCAUUUCCUACAUAAGCUAUUUCAACUGUUAAUACUCCAAAAUUAAUAAAUCCUCAAACAAGAUAUUAACCUAUUAUGUAUUCCCAAAAUCUACUUAAUUCUAAAUAAAGUAUAGUCCAACCUGUUUAAAUUAAUUAAUCUUUGUCUCCAUAAAGAGUCACAUCAUAUUUUAAAUCAAGAGCUAUAACUGUACAAAGACCUACUAUGUUUACAUAAUAACGUCCUUUAAUUGUAUCUGCUCAGUAAUAUGUACCAAUAACAACAAUUAAAAAAUGAG